AUGACAAGCGGUCCGGUCCGGUCCGCUCAGGUCCGAGAGCGAGCAGCAGAUUGGAGCGGCCGGCUGUCGGGGCGGCGGCGCUCGUCGCAGCAGUCGCCCGCCGCGCUGCUCGCUAACUUCGACACCACCGUGCAGCAGGUAGAUACUAUUGAAGUCAUUCAGAACGAGUCAUUGCCCAGUGUAGUAGUCCGUGAAGUGGUGCGGGUGUCGUUGUGGACUGCUGACGAGGUUGCCCCCCCCCCGCACCCGAUCCGCGACUGGGUGUCCGUGGAGGUGGACAUGCUCCGCACGCAGGCGGUCGCCGUCGGCGAUGUGGACGAGAUCCUGCAGCAGCUCGACAAGCAGAAGGGAGUACUCCGUGAGCUGGAGCAGAAGAAGCCGCAGCUGGACGAGCUGCUGCACACCGCCGAGAGCCUCAAGGGGACCGAGAACCGGCAGCAGCUGCAUGGGAAAGACUUUGACAGUAUUGUCAAAGAAGCAGGCUACAAAUACAAAACUCGGGUCACGGAGAGAACAGAACAAAAAUAG